AUCGGAGAAGGAAGAAUUGAUCGGAAGUUGGUCGACUCCUCUAUGGCAAGCAUCGAGGAGUACCAGAGAAGAGCAGUCCUAAAGCACAAUUCGAUCUGCUCGAAGCUGAAGAUACUGCUUCUCGUUGUAUCGACCAAUUUGCUUACCGUCCUCCUCUUCUCCUGCACCUCAUUGGAUUCCCGAUGGUCGAGCUGCGGCCUCCGAGUCCAUUCGUGGGACUCCGCCGCCCUGUUCCACGAGCUCAACGCCACCCGGAGGGACCUCUCCGACAGCCGAACUCAAUCUGCCGAGCUCCAGCGGCGGCUCGCCAUGACGAGCUCCCUUCUGCAGACCCUCCUGGCCGAGGUCGGCCGCGCUCGAGAGGACAUGGUGGCCGCAGCCGAUGGCGUGGGUGGGUCGCGGGACGAGAUCCCUGAGGAGCUCAAGCUCGCCAUGGGGCCUCACAAGAUGCCCCUCGGCUUCACUUCCAACCUCGGCACCGACGAGCUGUACCCGGCGCUCGGCUCCGCUUGCUUCAAUUUCCAGAAGGAGCUCGUCGAGUACAUGUCCUACGAGGUCGGGAAGGAGUGCCCCAUGGACGAAGUUUUCGCGCAGAGACUAAUGCUCAAAGGGUGCGAGCCUCUGCCCCGCCGGCGGUGCCACCCGAAGUCUCCGAAAGGAUACGUCGAGCCCGUGCCGUUCCCCGCCAGCCUUUGGACGAUCCCGCCGGACACCAGCAUCACCUGGGACGCAUACACCUGCAAGAACUACACCUGCUUGGUUAACAGGAGGAAGGAGAAGAGGGCCUACGAUUGCAAGGACUGCUUCGACUUGAAAGGCCGCGAGAAGGUGCGGUGGCUGCACGACGACGGCGGCCUCGCCUACGGCAUCGACGCCGUCCUGGGGACGAAACCCCCGGGGACCAUCCGGAUCGGGCUCGACAUCGGCGGCGGCACCGGCACCUUCGCCGCCCGCAUGAGGGAACGCAACGUGACCAUCGUCACGAGCAGCAUGAACUUCGACGGCCCCUUCAACAGCUUCAUCGCCUCCAGGGGUCUCGUCCCGAUGCACGUCAGCGUCGCCCACCGGCUGCCGUUCUUCGACGGCACCCUCGACAUCGUGCACUCCAUGCACGUCCUCAGCAACUGGAUCUCCGACACGGUGCUGGAGUUCGCGCUGUACGACAUCUACCGGGUGCUGAGGCCGGGGGGGCUGUUCUGGCUGGACCAUUUCUUCUGCGCCGGCACGCAGCUCAACUCGACGUACGUGCCCAUGCUGAGACAUGUCGGGUUCAACAAGCUGCGGUGGACGGCCGGGAGGAAGCUCGACCGGGGGAUGGCCAAGGACGAGUGGUACCUGUCUGCUCUGCUGGAGAAGCCCAUGACCUGAAGAGGAG